AGAAGGAGAAUGACGGAAGAAAACGCAACGCCACUGCAACCGCCGCAAACGCAAGAGGAUGCGGAUGAGGAGAAGAAGGACAUGUAUGCGGUUUGGGCGGUACCGGAAGACGACGUGGAGGAACGGCUUCAAAGGUUAAUGGAAGGGCUAAGGUCUGAGUUCGGUGGUCCACCGUUUGAUCCUCACUUAACACUCGUCGGGCCGCAAAAACUUACGGCCAGCGAGGCUAAACAAAUGUUCAAGUCGGCGUGUGAAGGUUUUAAGGCGUAUCCGGCCACCGUUGACCAAGUCUCCGCCGGUACUUCUUACUUUCAGUGUGUCUACGUGGCUCUCCGACACACCGUAGAGGUUAUGAAUGCUGCGGGACAUUUUAUGGCUCACUUCAAACCCUUCACCGGGAAAUUGUACGUGCCACAUAUGAGCAUACUCUAUGGCGAUCUAACAGAGGAAGAGAAGAAGAAAGCGUUAGAGAAAGCUUACACGCUUGAUUCGAGUCUCGACGGAUUGAAUUUUCGGAUAAAUCGAGUUGCAUUAUGGAUAACCGAUGCAGAUGUUGGAUCUUGGGUGAAAAUUGACGAACAUAAUUUAAUUACUUAA